AUGUUAAACAUAACAGCCAUCAAAACUGCCUCUGAUGGCAUUUUACAAGGUGAUAACGCCCUUCAAACCGCCUUCCCCUUACUCAUUAUACAAACCACCUUAAUCCUCGUCAUAACCCGCCUCCUCACCUUUGCCUUCAAGCCUCUCCGUCAACCCAAAGUCAUUGCUGAAAUUGUAGGGGGUAUAUUGCUGGGACCAUCAGCAUUUGGUAGGAACCAACAAUACAUGGAUACAAUCUUUCCAAAAUGGAGCACACCAAUAUUAGAAUCAGUUGCUAGCAUUGCGGUAGCUGUUAUACUCCGCCGCACCAUCGAGGGAGCUGACGGAGCUGGUUAUGGUCCUUUCCUUGUCUUCAUGGGAGUUUCACUCUCUAUCACCGCCUUUCCGGUGUUAGCCCGUAUUUUGGCUGAACUGAAACUCUUGACCACCAAAGUAGGGGAGACAGCCAUGGCAGCGGCCGCUUUUAACGAUGUAACUGCAUGGAUCCUCCUUGCUCUCGCUGUUGCUCUUGCAGGCAACGGCGAGGAAGGUGGCCAUAAAAGCAGCCCGUUAGUCUCGUUGUGGGUGUUGCUAGCCGGGGUUGGGUUCGUAGCAUUUAUGUUCUUGGCUGUUAAGCCCCUAAUGGCCUGGAUGGUCCGACGUUGCUCCGCAGAGCAGGGUGUGGUGGACGAGCUCUAUAUCACCAUAACCCUAGCCGGUGUACUCGUGGCCGGGUUCAUGACCGACUUCAUAGGCAUUCACUCUAUAUUUGGAGCAUUCAUUUUCGGUAUGAUUAUCCCUAAAGAAGGUAAUUUCGCUGAAAAGCUACUAGAAAGAAUUGAGGAUUUUGUUUCAGGCCUAUUGUUGCCACUAUAUUUUGCCUCUAGCGGUCUAAAGACCGACGUCACAAAGAUCCAAGGGGCCGUCGCGUGGGGGUUGCUCGUGCUGGUGAUCGCGGUCGCGUGCUUCGGCAAGAUUUUUGGUACCUUUGUGGUGGCUAAGUUUUGUAAAAUGAAGACUCGGGAUGCGUUAGUCCUUGGUGUGUUGAUGAACACAAAAGGUCUGGUCGAGCUCAUUGUCCUCAAUAUCGGCAAGGAAAAAAAGGUUUGUACCUCUUAA